AUGGUGGCAGCACCGGUGGCCCUUGUGACUGGAGGCAGCCGCGGCAUUGGCUUUGCUGUAGCGCACGAGCUCCAUCGUCGCGGCUGGCGCGUUGCGCUCACGUCUCGAGACCUGAAGCGAGCGCAAGAGGCUGCAGAGCGCAUUUCGUCCACGGUUUUGCCGCUCGCGUACAGCUGUCCAAGACGAGGCGACGACAGAGGAGGAGACGCGAAUGCUGAAGCGGCGCAGGUGGUGGCUCAGGUGGCCCAACAAUUUGGAUCGAGUCCAGCAGCUCUCGUGAAUGCAGCGGGGGGGACCAAAGACAGUCUGCUCUUGCGGCUUCAGCAGGCGGACCUCGACGAGCUCCUGCUGACAAACUUAGUGGGACCUCUCUACAUGAGCAAAGCAGUGGCGAAAGGAAUGAUCGAGAGACGACGAGGCAGUAUCGUCAACAUUGGGAGUGUCGUGGGGGCUGCUGGUAACACUGGGCAAGUGGCGUACAGCGCAUCAAAGUCUGGACUUCGAGGCGCCACGAAGACGUUGGCCAAGGAAUUGGGGACCCGAAACAUCCGCGUGAACCUGGUGGAGCCGGGCUUCAUCGCCACCGACAUGACGGACGCCAUGGCAGAGGCUGCACGGGAACGUGUGCUUGGCAACAUCUCGUUGGCUCGUUUUGGAACCGCACACGAAGUCGCGCAGCUCGUGGCGUUCUUGGCAAGCAACGAAGCGUCUUAUAUCACGGGCCAGUGCAUUCGCAUCGACGGUGGGCUCGUGAUUUGA